GUGAACUUCAGGCACAACAAGCGAGAGCAGGUCAGGAACUGACUCAGCUGCGUGCCGUGACAAGGUUGUGCCCCCCACACACAAACCACUGACUGAAGAUACUGUAUUUGCCUGUGCUAUGCCAGCAUGUCGGAGCAAAGUAUGGCCGACCUGCGACCAACGUUCGUUUUCGUCAGUACAAAAUUCAAUGAGAAGCCCGCUUCGGGCUUCCUUACGCCGCGCAUCCCCCUUAGACUCACAGUAUUAUCUUAUGACACUCUGCACUCUAAUCGCCUCUUAUUAAUGAAUUGCAACACAAACAUUUUGAAUCGAGCGUGACGAACAUCCAUUUCUAGUAGAACUGGACAACAGCAGCCAUAUGGGCGUUGCAGAACGUUUAAAUCUAGGGCAUCAGACAGCUCCGCCCAUGGCUCUUUGUUAACAUACAACGCCGGCAGGUUGAAGCUGACGGGGGGGGGGGGGGCGCGGCGCACGCCAAAGUCUUCAUCGCCAAAUGCCACCAGCAAAUCGACGGCCGCGACGGCUCGCCUCAGCCGUCGCGGGCGUUUCAGUGACUGCACUUAAUGUCGUGAAGUCCUACCCCAUCUCGACGGUUGUGGUGCCGUUGCUCCUUUUCCUGGUCCUGCUUGCCCUCGGUCUCUUCGGAGUGUUGAGUGCGUCAAUCUCCCAAGCAAAUGGGAACAAGGCAAAGGUUGUGUCUAUCGCGGAGUCCUCCGCUUUCAGUAUCGAGACCAAGUUCGCAGCGGCUGUUGCACCCAUGAAGCUGCUCCAGGCGGCUGUGCAGUACCGGCCCGCAUACGACGCGGCCGUGAUGCUCGUGAACGGCCUGGCCCCCGACCUGGUGGCUGAGACGCCCCAAGGGUCGGUUCUCAGUCUGGCGCUGCUACCUGCCGGUGUGCUCGUGAUGAGUUACCCUAACAGCUCAGCACUUCUCGGCGUGGAUGUUUUCCAGGGUCUCACAGCCAAUGGCAGCACACCGCUGCCGCCGCCCCUAGUGACAGCAGAGGCGCUGACGGCCGUACGCGAGAACCGGCUUGUCAUGACCGGGCCGUUCCUCACCGCCAUUGGCCGCACAGUCGGUGUCCUCCAACCCAUCUUCGUGCGCGUUGCGAACGAGAGCGUUACAUUCCAUGGCGGGCACGCCACACCCUCAACCAGGGCACUGUUAGACGUGUGCGGCGCCGCAUGCGGUUAUGACAGCACUACCAAGAUGCGGUGGUGGGGCCUGGCCAGCAUCUCAAUCAGCGUGGAGGCUCUGCUCUCGGGCAGGGACUCUCCCAAAGCUGCCCUGGAGCACAUGGGAUACAACUACUGCCUCGCGUCCGACAUGGCGGCAGCAGUUGUAGCGGCGGGCCCGAAACGGCGGACGCUGCGCGUCGUGACACAGUCCGCGACCCCGCCGCAGGACCCGGUCCACGUUGACAUAAACCUGCUCGGUCACACGUGGACUCUGUCCGUGUCUACUGGCAGCAGCUGGACUCCGGUCUGGACGGCCUGGGCAAUUGCUGUGGUGGUGGUAGCGGCCCUCACAAUCUCCGCCCUGUUAGCGUGUGUGAUCAUUGCCUGGCGCAAGCAUCAGAUGCUGCUGGAGGCCCUCCUUCCCAAGGAAGUAAUCCGUGAAAUGGAGGCGGACAGGCAGCUGGUGACACUCAAGCCCCCUGUGUUCAUGGCGGAAACGCCCGCCCAGAUCCUGCUGGGGCUGCUGGAGGGGCUGCUGGACGGAGCUGACCCUGACGUCAAGGACAUCGUGUUCCUGCGCUCAGCACUCAUCCGCUCCAUCGAUUUCUACACGCCCCUCAACCUCAAGAGCCACAUCCGUGACUCCGACCUGGAUGCGGAUGUGAUCCACUCGCUGCUGCGGCAGCUGGCCAGCACCGGCAGCGGCCCCGACACCGCAUGCCGCCGCACCUCGGACGGCGGCCUUGCCAUCGACGACCUGCUCUUGCCCGCCCACAUUAACCCCAGCAGCAUCCUGGCUUCUCAUCCCGACAACCCCAAAGACGAGGACUCCAGCAGCCGUGGGUUCACGCGCAGCACCCGCCUCAGCCGUCUGACCCCGCUUAAGGACGCCGCUGCUGCCAGCUCACUGCUGGCGAUCGCCGGCGCGGCGGCGGCUGCUGGGCACGACAACGCACUGUCCCGCUCGCCGCCCGCCAUCACGCAGCCGCAGCAGCUUUGCUUUGACACGAUUGCGGACGCUCUGAACAUUGUGCUGGCGCCCGGGCUCUUGGGCAUGGCCGCCAUCAUGUACCCCUCGCCUGGUGCAGCAGCCGCAGGCGGCGUUCUCGGCGGCGACCCCGGCUCCUCACUAGGCCUGUGCAACAGCGGGCCCCGGCCCCCGUGCGAGCCGGCGCCCGCCUCCCUCAGUUUCCAAAGCGGCCUGCCCUGCGAGCACACGGCAAACAGUGGCGGCGCUCCUGACGCGUGCGCGCUGCUGCGGUGGGACCGCGGCGGCGGCACGGUGCAGCAGCCUUACGGCGCCAGCAUGGACAGCGCCUGGCACCCGUCAGACAGCAGCGCCCCUGACAUGUACGUGACUCCCGCCGGCGGGCUGCGAUCAAACAGCAGCUGUGGCGGCGGGGCUGCGGCUGCUGGUGCCGUCGGCAUGGUAAGCAGCGGCAGCGACCGACAUGAUCACUUUGGCGCCAUGGUGGGUAACCAAAGCUCUCUACCGGUGUCCGCCUACACCACCCCCACGCCGGACCUGCAGCUGCAGCUGCAGGGCAUGCAGCAGCAGGCUGAGGCUGCUCUGCUGAGUGCGCCGACUGCUAGGCCGGCGCCUACGGCCGAGGGGCCGGCGUCCAUGCCCGCAGCAGCGGCGGCCCAAGCGCUGCAGACGCGGCCAGCCAGCAUGCGGCGCCAGGGUGGCGGCAGGCGCAGCGCCAGUGGCCUAAGCCUGGCAGGCAUCCUCGCCGCGCUCCGGUCCCACGCGCGCAGCAGCAGCUGUGACGGCACCGCCCCGCCAUCCGGCGGAGGCGCGGCGGCACCGGCACCGGCCGCAUCGGCGGGUGCCGCUGCAGCGGCGGCUGAUAGGCCCCAGCAGCAGCGGCGACUCAGCAAGAGCAGGGAGCAGCAGCUGCAGGAGGCGAGGACGCUAUCGCCGCAGGUCCUGCUACACAUGCACCAGCAGCUGGCGGCGGCGACGGGUGGCAGUGUCGGCAGCCGCGCGCCGCCCCAGACGCCCACGCAUGCGGUCAUGGACUCACCCUUCCGUGCAUCCUUGGACCUGGCUUCCCUUCCCGCAGCCACCAUGGCAUACCUCAACACAAAGCCGGCGGCGGUGCAGUCGCCGGUGGCGCCCCCGCAGCCGCCGCCGGCGCUGUUGCCGCCGCCACCGGUGAUUGAGGAUGUGGAGCGCCUGCUGGCUCGUGCGGACGACUGGUGUUUCGACACGUGGGCGCUGGACGAGGCCACGCAGGGCCACGCGCUGUCGGCGCUGGGGUUCUACCUGCUGCAGCGCCAGGGGCUGCUGAGCAAGCUGGGACUGGACCCGCUGGUCGUGGCCAGGCUGCUGCGCACGAUAGAGGCGGGCUACCAGCCCAACCCCUACCACAGCGCCACGCACGCGGCCGACGUGCUGCAGACGCUGCACGUGAUCAUCCAAGGCGCGGGACUGGCCGUUCACUACCUGGACCGCGUGCAGCUGCUGGCCGUGUACUUCGCAGCGAUUGUUCACGACCUUGGGCAUCCGGGCCUCAACAAUGACUUCCUCAUCGCCACUGGGGACGCUCUGGCUGUGCGCUACAACGACCGCGCACCGCUUGAGAACCACCACGCCUCGUCCCUGUUCGAGCUCGUGACGCGUCCCGAGCUUAACGCCCUGGCUGCGCUCACCACCAGCGAGCGCAACGCAUUCCGCAAGAUGGUGAUUGAGCUGGUCCUGGCCACGGACAUGAAGCAGCACUUCGCGAUCAUCUCGCAUUUCAACACGGUACACAGCCUGGUGGCACACACGCCCAACAUAGGGGCGCAGCAGCAACCGGCCGGCGGCGCGCUGCUGCAGCGGCAGCGCUGCAGUGACAUCAUGGCCACCCCGCAGUCGCCACGCGGGCAGCGCGCCCAGCAGCACAUGGCGUCCCUGGACUUGGAGGCCGCCGAUGCAGCGGCAACCCAGGCCACCGGCCCAGAGCACCCGCCGCGGCCUCUGGACGAUGCAGAGCGCCUGGUGACGUUGCAGGUGUGCCUCAAAGCCGCCGACAUCGGGCAUUUGGGUGAGAACAGCGACGUGCAUGAGAGGUGGCUGAGCAGCCUGGAGGAGGAGUUCUUCCGGCAGGGCGACAAGGAAAGGGCGCUGGGGCUGGCCAUAUCCCCGCUUUUUGAUCGCAGCAAGAAGGGCGUGUCCAAGAGCCAGGUGGGCUUCUAUGAUUUCGUGGCGCUGCCGCUCGUGCACGCGCUCGCGGCCGCCUUCCCUGGAGCCAAACCCAUCGAGGCCGCGUUCAACAGAAACUACGUGCACUGGAAGGCGAUUGAGGCGAAGCAGCAGACUUCCACGAGCUAGUAAAGUGGAGCCCUGCGGGAGCCAGGAGGGACGGGUUGGAGUUGGGCGCGCGGCUUUGGGGGAGCAUGAACGAAGGCAGAACAUGCAUGCCUUAGCAUCAGCCCAUGAAACACGCACGGAGAGCUGUUGGGCAUGUGCACGAAUGCUAAAGGUGCAGCACGCACGCGAGUGGUAGGGCUGGACGUGCAAGUAAAUAAUGAUGCCAAUAUAAAGUGUCUUACAAAUGGCGUGCCAAAGCAUUACGGUCUACGUGAUUGUCAACAUCAUGCGUGGGCGGGGCGGGUUGGCCACAUAAUCGUGCCCCAACGCUCGCACACCGAAUCACCUGGUUUGAUCGCUCAAGGCAUUCUGCAAGUUCCCAUUCAUAUAGUGCACCCGUGCAUAUUGCGCGGAUGUGACAGCAGGGCACAUUCGUAUGUGAGUUAAAACUUUGAACCGCAAUCCGUUAUGAGUCAUAGUCGAUGUCGAGGGCUGGAGUGCUUACCCAAGAUCCACCCACGACAUGAACACAGGGCAAGGUGAGGGAUCGAAAGGUUUGGCCCAACGGUUUGGUCUCCAUUCAUAAUUGAGAGAUUUAGCCGUCAUGUUUGAUCAUGACCUAGCCAUUCUCAGCAGCCACUCAUCUUCAUUAUUGUCACAGUUUACAGUGAUAAACACGGGCUGCCCUUAUGGACGGCGCAAUCAAAUUCCCGACAUUUGUGGAUGUAGUACGGGAGUGUGGGGCCGCCGUUGUACAUGGCUAAGGAGACCUAGUCAAGUACAGGUUUCUUGUGUUGAGGAUCCGGCGAUGUGUACAUAUUGCAUUGGCAGAGGCAGGUUGAGCUGGAUUGCAUAAUUUGCAUUCCAGAAAUGUGUGUGCGUCGACGGCUUCAUGUUGCAACGAGCAGGGGCAGGGGAGGGUGUGCCCCUGUGUCAAGGCCCUGUGCGUGGUGUUGUGUGCCGGGGCUUCGACAGAUUUUAAGCCUCAUGUUUGAACACUCUGUGUGUCAAGCGCAACCGCCCAAAACGUCUUCAGGCACAGGAUGCAUGCACGUUGCACCCGAUGCUGCUGUGAAUGGAUAACACCAGGGGAAUAUGUGCCGUACAUGCGUGGGGCACGCGGGGUUGUGAAGUCAGAUCGAGUAAACGGAGUUUACAUGGCUUGGUUGAUCGGGGUUACUUGUUGAGCGGCGCCUUGUAAGGGUCCCUGACUCCCUGCAAGAUGAAGGCAGUGCACGUGACACAUGCAAUCAUGCAUGCGGCCGCUCCUGGCUCUCGCAUGAUAGACGUGAGGUUACGUUCGCCGUUUGUGACCAUCGGUGUGGCACCAGAGAACCGGGAACUGGGAAUGUGGGAGUGGAGUGAGAAAUGUGAUGCGAGUCACGUGACUACGUGAUGCACAUGCGGUCAGAGUGUCAGACCUGUGGCUUUGUUCAACGCCAGCCUUCUAACACCGCUCCGGCCAUUGCCUGUGUCAGGAGUAGACCAAAACACGUUGCUUCGUGUUCGGGGACGCGGCGAUGGUGGGAGCGGACAGUGACGGCCCGCUGGCGCAGGUGGGCUGUCAGGUGAUAAGGUUACGAUACCUGGGUGAAGUGGGGCAUCGCGCCAUCGCCAGUGGCCUUGGUUCGCGCGUUGCCACCCGUCAUGGGCUGCUGCACUUGCACCGCAUUAACGGGUGCCCUCGCUUGCGCAACGGUUUCC